GCCUGAGUGUCCCAUUCGGGGAAACCGAGGCCGGAGGGCGGGAGCGGCUUGGCCGGGCCUCCUCCCCGCCCUGGCCGACACCCUGGGGUGCCGAGGCCGGGCUCCAGCGUCGGGAGCGGUUCUCGGUGACGGCAGCGGGAGCCACCAUUGACGGUGCGUCUGCCCGGCGCUGAGCCCGGGGCUCGCCCCUUCGCUUGCGUCCUUUGACUUCACCUUCACAGCAGCCCCGAGAGGAGAUUGUGGACUGGCACAGCCCCCACCAGUGAUGGGAAGUGGUGCACAGUGGCAGCGUUGAAGCUCUCUGAGUAUGAUUCGAAUUGCAGCCUUAAAUGCCAGCUCUACAGUUGAGGAUGAUCAUGAAGGAAGCUUUAAAAGUCACAAAACUCAGACCAAAGAGGCCCAGGAAGCAGAGGCUUUUGCCUUAUAUCACAAGGCCUUGGAUCUCCAGAAACACGACCGGUUUGAGGAGUCAGCCAAAGCCUACCAUGAGCUCCUGGAGGCACGCCUGCUGCGAGAGGCAGUUUCAUCUGGUGAUGAGAAAGAAGGGUUGAAACAUCCUGGGCUGAUGUUGAAAUAUUCCACAUAUAAGAACUUGGCCCAGCUGGCAGCCCAGCGAGAAGACCUGGAGACAGCUAUGGAAUUCUACUUGGAGGCAGUAAUGCUGGACUCCACAGAUGUCAACCUCUGGUACAAAAUUGGACAUGUUGCCCUGAGGCUCAUCCGGGUCCCCCUGGCUCGCCAUGCUUUUGAGGAAGGCCUGCGGUGCAAUCCUGACCACUGGCCCUGCUUGGACAACCUCAUCACUGUCUUGUACACCCUCAGCGAUUACACAACAUGUCUGUAUUUCAUCUGCAAAGCUUUAGAGAAGGACUGCCGGUACAGCAAAGGACUGGUUCUCAAGGAAAAGAUCUUUGAAGAACAGCCUUGUCUCCGGAAGGACUCCCUCCGAAUGUUUCUUAAAUGUGACAUGUCAAUCCACGAUGUGUCGGUGAGUGCAGCUGAGACCCGGGCUAUUGUAGAGGAGGCCCUGGGGCUGCGGAAGAAGAGGCAAGCGCUGACUGUGCGAGAGAAGGAGCCAGACCUCAAGCUGGUGCAGCCCAUCCCCUUCUUCACCUGGAAGUGCCUUGGAGAGAGUUUGCUGGCCAUGUACAACCACCUCACCACCUGUGAGCCCUUGCGGCCCAGCCUUGGCAAGAGGAUUGACCUCUCCGACUACCAGGACCCCAGCCAGCCUCUGGUGUCUUCUGUGGUGGUGGCACCUGUCAGCGUGAUCCAGCCAAGCCCUGUCACUGCCAACCCGGCUGUGGCAGUUGCAGAACCUGUGCUCUCCUUUGCCCCUGUGGCUGCAGCCAGUUUCCCUCUGCACAGUCCCAGCCUGCUGGAGACUGGCGUCCCUGCAGGUGAUGUUUCUGGGGGAGAUAAAUCCAAGAAAGGAGUAAAGCGGAAGAAGAUUGCGGAAGAGAGUGGAGAGACAGCGAAGCGACGGUCUGCCCGUGUCCGGAACACUAAGUGCAAGAAAGAAGAGAAGGUAGACUUCCAGGAGCUUCUGAUGAAGUUCUUGCCGUCCAGGCUAAGAAAGCUGGACCCGGAGGAGGAAGAUGACCCCUUUAAUACCUAUGAAGUCCAGUCAGAAGCCAAACUGCAAAGCUUCCCAAGCAUUGGGCCUCACCGACUGUCAUAUGACUCGGCUACAUUCAUGGAGUCUGAGAAGCAGGAUGUGCAUGCAUUCUUGCUGGAGAACCUGACCAACGGGGGCAUCCUGGAGCUGAUGAUGCGCUACCUGAAGGACAUGGGCCAUAAGUUUCUGCUGAGGUGGCCACCAGGCCUGGCAGAGGUUGUGCUCAGCAUCUAUCACAGCUGGAGGAGGCACAGCACCAGCCUCCCCAACCCACUGCUGAGGGACUGCAGCAACAAGCACAUCAAGGAUAUGAUGCUGAUGUCUCUCUCCUGCAUGGAGCUCCAGCUAGACCAGUGGCUGCUGACGAAGGGCAGAAGCUCGGCAGUGUCUCCUCGGAACUGCCCUGCUGGUGUGGUGAAUGGCAGGUUUGGGCCUGAUUUUCCAGGAACCCACUUCCUGGGUGACCUCCUGCAGCUGUCAUUUGCCUCAUCCCAGCGGGACCUGUUUGAGGAUGGCUGGCUGGAGUUUGUGGUCCGUGUUUAUUGGUUGAAGGCUCGGUUCCUCGCACUGCAGGGAGACAUGGAGCAGGCCCUGGAAAACUAUGACAUCUGCACAGAAAUGCUCCAGAGCUCCACUACCAUCCAGGCUGAGGCAGGGACUGAGCAAAGAGACAUCGUCAUCCGCCUGCCCAACCUCUAUAAUGAUUCAGUCGUUUCCUUGGAGGAGAUUGAUAAGAACCUGAAGUCGCUGGAGCGGUGCCAGUCCCUGGAGGAGAUUCAGCGGCUCUAUGAGGCUGGUGACUACAAGGCUGUCGUGCAUCUUCUUCGCCCCACCUUGUGUACCAGUGGAUUUGACCGGGCCAAACACCUGGAGUUUAUGACCUCUAUUCCAGAGAGGCCCGCCCAGCUGCUGCUGCUGCAGGACUCCUUGCUCCGGCUAAAGGACCACCGGCAGUGUUUCGAGUGCUCUGAUGUGGCUUUGCACGAGGCUGUCCAGCAGAUGGUGAAUGCGAGUGAGUCUGCAGCCAAGGAGGAGUGGGUGGCCACAGUGACCCAGCUGCUGCUGGGCAUUGACCAGGCGCUCUCGGCUGACAGCAGUGGCAGCAUCCUGAAGGAAUCAUCUGCCUCCACUGGCCUCACCCGGCUCACCAACAACCUCAUCCAGGUCAUUGACUGUAGCAUGGCUGUGCAAGAGGAGCCCAAGGAUCCCCAUGUCUCUUCAGUGCUGCCCUGGAUCAUCCUGCACCGGAUCAUUUGGCAGGAAGAGGAUACCUUCCAAUCCCUGUGUCACCAGCAACAGCUCCAGAACCCAACGGAUGAAGUGAUGGCAGAGACACCCAUGCUCCCAUCUUCCCUCAUGCUACUCAACACAGCCCACGAGUAUUUGGGUAGGAGGUCCUGGUGCUGCAAUUCCGAUGGGGCUCUGCUGCGAUUCUACGUACGAGUUCUCCAGAAGGAGCUUGCUGCAUCCACCUCUGAAGACACACACCCCUACAAGGAGGAGCUGGAGACGGCCUUGGAGCAGUGCUUCUACUGCCUGUACAGCUUCCCUAGCAAGAAGAGCAAGGCCAGGUACCUGGAGGAACACUCAGCCCAGCAGGUGGACCUUAUAUGGGAGGAUGCCCUGUUUAUGUUUGAGUAUUUUAAGCCCAAGACCCUUCCUGAAUUUGACAGCUACAAGACCAGCACUGUGUCUGCUGACUUGGCAAACCUUCUGAAGAGAAUCGCCACCAUUGUGCCCCGCACAGAAAGGCCAGCCCUGAGCCUGGACAAAGUCUCUGCCUACAUUGAGGGGGCCUCAGCUGAGGUGCCCUGCCUCCCAGAAGGGGCCGACCCCUCCCCUCCAGUGGUAAAUGAGCUCUACUACCUCCUGGCUGAUUACCAUUUCAAAAACAAGGAGCAAUCCAAGGCCAUCAAGUUCUACAUGCACGACAUCUGCAUCUGCCCCAACAGGUUUGAUUCCUGGGCAGGCAUGGCUCUGGCCCGGGCCAGUCGCAUUCAGGACAAGCUGAACUCCAAUGAGCUGAAGAGUGAUGGGCCCAUCUGGAAGCACGCCACGCCUGUCCUGAACUGCUUCCGCCGGGCCCUGGAGAUCGACAGCUCCAACCUAUCCCUGUGGAUCGAGUAUGGUACUAUGUCCUAUGCCUUGCACUCCUUCGCCUCACGCCAGCUGAAACAGUGGAGAGCUGAACUGCCCCCUGAACUUGUGCAGCAGAUGGAGGGCCGGCGCGACAGCAUGCUGGAGACAGCCAGGCACUGUUUUACGUCUGCGGCCCACUGCGAGGGUGAUGGUGAUGAGGAGGAGUGGCUUAUCCACUACAUGCUGGGCAAGGUCGCCGAGAAGCAGCAGCAGCCACCUGCUGUUUACCUGCUGCACUACAGACAGGCUGGCCACUACCUGCACGAGGAGGCUGCCCGCUACCCCAAGAAGAUCCACUACCACAAUCCACCUGAGCUGGCCAUGGAGGCCCUGGAGGUGUACUUCCGGCUCCAUGCUUCCAUCCUAAAGCUCCUGGGGAAGCCCGACUCUGGGGUCAGUGCAGAGGUCCUGGUCAACUUCAUGAAGGAGGCUGCAGAAGGACCCUUUGCCAGGGGCGAGGAGAAGAAUACACCCAAAGCUUCAGAGAAAGAGAAGGCCUGCCUGGUGGACGAGGACUCCCACUCUUCAGCUGGGACACUGCCGGGCCCCGGAGCCUCCCUCCCCUCCUCCUCUGGCCCAGGUCUGACAUCCCCACCUUACACAGCUACUCCGAUUGACCACGAUUACGUCAAAUGUAAAAAACCCCACCAGCAGGCGACGCCGGACGAGCGCAGCCAGGACAGCACGGCCGUGGCGCUCUCAGACUCCAGCUCGACACAGGACUUCUUUAAUGAGCCCGCCAGCUCAUUGGAGGGCUCCCGAAAGCUCUACGUGGAGAAGAAGCUGCCUGUUCCCAAUUACCAAGCAGGAUCAACUGGUAAAGACCUUCAGGGGGCCACAGAGGAAAGAGGAAAAACUGAGGAGUCCUUGGAGAGCACAGAAGGCUUCCGGGUCACAGAGCAAGGCAGCCAGAAGCCUGCUGCAGACCUCCCAACCUCUGCGUGCAUUGCUGUCAAAACCCCAGCAUCUGCACCUGCCCUGUGGGACGGGAGAAAGAGAGCUGAUCCCCCCGCGGAGCCAGCAGCCUUUCCCCAGGGGCUGCCAGCCGGGGCAGAGGAGCAGCGCCAGUUCCUUACGGAGCAGUGCAUCGCCUCCUUCCGCCUGUGCCUCAGCCGCUUCCCCCAGCACUAUAAGAGCCUCUACCGACUGGCCUUCCUCUACACCUACAGCAAGACCCACCGGAACCUCCAGUGGGCCCGCGACGUGUUGCUAGGCAGCGGUAUCCCGUGGCAACAACUGCAGCACAUGCCGGCACAGGGGCUCUUCUGCGAGAGGAACAAGACCAAUUUCUUCAACGGCAUCUGGCGGAUCCCCGUGGACGAGAUCGACCGGCCGGGCAGCUUCGCCUGGCACAUGAACCGCUCUAUUGUGCUGCUGCUCAAGGUGCUGGCCCAGCUCCGGGACCACAGCACCCUGCUGAAGGUGUCCUCCAUGCUGCAGCGGACCCCGGACCAGGGCAAGAAGUAUCUGCGAGAUGCUGACCGCCAGGUCCUGGCACAGCGGGCCUUCAUCCUCACUGUGAAGGUGCUGGAGGACACUCUGAGUGAGCUUGCAGAGGGGUCAGAACGCCCAGGGCCCAAGGCCUGUGGCCUCCCUGGAGCCAGGAUGACCACUGACGUUCCCCACAAGGCCAGUCCCGAGGAUAGUCAAGAGGGCCUUCCCCACUCCAAGAAGCCUCCUCUGGCUGAUGGCUCAGGGCCAGGGGCCGAGCCAGGGGGCAAAGUGGGCCCUCUCAACCACCGGCCUGUGGCCAUGGAAGCAGGAGACAGCACAGACCAGGCCGGAGAGAGGAAGGACAAGGACAGCCCCCGGGCAGGGCCUACUGAGCCCAUGGACACAGGUGAGGCCACUGCUCGCUGCUCAGACUCCGAACGGGCACCACCACCACAGCCAAGCCGUCCCCCAAGGGACCGAGGCCCUGAGAGCCGUCCCACUGAGCUGUCCCUGGAGGAGCUGAGCAUCAGUGCCCGGCAGCAACCCAGCCCACUCACACCAGCCCAGCCAGCCCUGGCCACCGCUCCUACCACCACCACUGGGGCCAGAGGGGGUGGCCACCCUGAGGAGCUACCCACACGGCCUAGCCGAAAGAGGAAGCUCCUGGAGGACACAGAGUCGGGCAAGACACUCCUGCUGGAUGCCUACCGUGUGUGGCAGCAGGGCCAGAAGGGUGUGGCCUACGACCUGGGACGCAUCGAGAGGAUCAUGUCCGAGACCUACAUGCUCAUCAAACAGGUGGACGAGGAGGCUGUGCUGGAGCAGGCCGUCAAGUUCUGUCAGGGCCACCUCGGGGGCGCUGCCCAGAGACAGGCUGCAGGGGACACACCCACCACCCCAAAACACCCCAAGGACAACCGGGAGAACUUCUUCCCAGGGACUGUGGCCCCCACAGCUCCUGACCCUGCACCGGCUGACACUCUCCAGCGGCCCAGUGACACUCACACCAAGCCUCGCCCUGCACCGGCGGCCUCCUCGGCUAUCAUCCCCUGCCCUCCUUCAGCGUCGGCUUCCACACCAGACCUGUCCAAGGACCCUGGGCCCCCCCGGCCACACAGGCCGGAGGCCACCCCCAGCAUUGUCUCUCUGGGCCCAGAGGGAGAAGAGCUGGCAGGAGGGGCGGAGGGCAUGGGCUUCCCGCCCCAGGAGCCCCUGCACAGUGAGCAGGUGAAGACUGUCCCCGAGAGCCCUUCAGCAGAGCCGCACUGCUGGCCCACAGAGCCCGCGCCCCGGACAGGCGCCGAGCCCACCUGCAGCCAGGUCACCAGCUCUAAGGUGCCCAGCAGUGCGAGUGCCCAGCCAGCCGAGGCCCCCCCCGGCAAGGCCAAGUCGCGCCUCCUGCCCAGCAUGCCAAAGCUGGUCAUCCCCUCGGCCGCCACUAAGUUCCCCCCUGAGAUCACCGUCACGCCGCCCACCCCAACCCUGCUCUCACCCAAAGGCAGCAUCUCGGAGGAGACCAAGCAGAAGCUGAAGUCAGCCAUCCUGUCCGCCCAGUCGGCCGCCACCGUGAGGAAGGAGAGCCUGUGCCAGCCGGCCCUAGAGGUCCUGGAGACCUCAAGCCAGGAGUCCUCCCUGGAGAGCGAGACGGACGAGGAGGACGACUACAUGGACAUCUGAAGCGUGGCGCUGCCCCCAGGGUCGCCAGGCCCACGCGGAGCACUGCCCCCCCACGCAGAGCCCGGUCUGCCCAGCCGCCACCCCUCGUGGUGCCCGCCCCCCCCCACCUGGGCCAUCACCCUUCUCCCCGCAUGGGGGGCCCGGAGGGGGCCGCGCUUGGCCACGGGGAGAUGUGCAGCUCGUGCAGCAGGGCUGGCGUCCUUUUCUAUGAAAUGUUGACUUUGUAUAAAUGUCCACACGCCCAGCCCAGGUGGCCGUGUCCGCACCUGGACUCCCGGAUGAGCCGGGCUCUCUGCCUGUGUCACAGUGGAGGGGUCGUUUUGGGGUUGGGCUUGCCCCACUCCCGUUUUUUGGUUUCUUUUCUAAUAAAGAUGGAACAGUU